AUGUCGCAGGCAGACCAGAGCUCUGUGCAGUCUUCAAGUUCGACAGAAGAUGACUGGAGCUCGGUGACAGACCCUGCUGAAAGGCGAAGAAUCCAGAAUCGAAUAGCGCAGAGGAAGUUUCGUAAGUCUCAUGCCGUCUGUGCCCUGGUGAAAAACGUCUAAUCUCAGCACAGGUGAAAAGUCCAAGCAGCAGAAAGACGACGCAGAACGACAGGUAGAGAACGAGAGGCAAGCUUCUGGUGCAUACAGCGCCCCCGAGCCUGAGGAUUUCGACAACUCUGAGGUAUCGGGACUUCCAUGGGGUAGCUUUUCAUUGCGGCACAUCAUCGCCACGGGCAGAGCAAGGGAGCAGAACUCGCGAGAAACGUCGAGGUAUGCGGCGGCGUCGAAGACAGGCGGCAGUUCGAGGUAAGCGGUGAGUCAAGGCGUCGUGCCGGACGUUUCUCCCAGUGCUGACGAGCGUUCUAGGUUAGGACUCCAUCUUGUCGAUGAGUAUGCUCGGGGAUCGCCUGCCUGGACUGCCUGGCGAGCUCGUGUGACGGCCCGAGAGCAUGACCGUUGUUGA